UAACAUAAUGGCAGCCACAUUAAGAUUGCUCCAAACACAGGUGCGCAAAGCCGGCCAAUAUGGCUUGGACAUGCAGGCCCGUCAAUUCCAUGCCUCCCAAUAUACCGCUGCCAAGGUAGCCCUUUCCAAAUUCGACAAUGACGUCUAUUUGCCCUACGACAAAUUGGCCAAAACUUUGGAUGUUGUCAAGGAUCGCUUGGGCCGUCCCUUGACCUUAUCCGAAAAGAUUUUGUACUCUCACUUGGACGAUCCCAAGAAUCAGGAUAUUGAACGUGGUACAUCGUACUUGCGUUUGCGUCCCGAUCGCGUUGCUAUGCAAGAUGCCACCGCCCAGAUGGCUUUGUUGCAAUUCAUCUCGUCCGGUUUGAAGAAGGUCGCCGUACCCUCCACUGUGCACUGUGAUCACUUGAUUGAAGCCCAGAUUGGUGGUGUUAAGGAUUUGGCUCGCGCCAAGGACUUGAACAAGGAAGUCUACGACUUCUUGGCCAGUGCCUGCGCCAAAUACGGUUUGGGUUUCUGGAAGCCAGGCAGUGGUAUCAUCCAUCAAAUCAUUUUGGAAAAUUACGCCUUCCCCGGUCUGUUGAUGAUCGGUACCGAUUCGCACACUCCCAACGGUGGUGGUUUGGGUGGCUUGUGCAUUGGUGUCGGUGGUGCUGAUGCCGUCGAUGUAAUGGCCAACAUCCCCUGGGAAUUGAAGUGCCCCAAGGUUAUUGGUGUCAAGUUGACCGGCAAAAUCGGUGGAUGGACCUCGCCCAAGGAUGUUAUCUUGAAGGUAGCUGAUAUCUUGACCGUCAAGGGUGGUACUGGUGCCAUCAUUGAAUACCACGGCCCCGGUGUCGAUUCGAUUUCCUGCACUGGUAUGGCCACCAUUUGCAACAUGGGUGCUGAUAUUGGUGCCACCACCUCGGUGUUCCCCUUCAAUGAACGCAUGGCUGCCUAUUUGAGAUCCACUGGCCGUUCCGGCAUUGCCGAUGAAGCCAAGAAGGCCCAGGCCAAGAUCUUGUCUCCCGACAGCAACUGCAAAUACGAUCAGGUAAUCGAAAUUGACUUGAACACCUUGGAACCCCAUGUCAACGGUCCAUUCACUCCCGAUUUGGCCCAUCCCAUUAGCAAAUUGGGUGCCAAUGCCAAGAAGAACGGUUAUCCCGUGGACAUUAAGGUUGGUUUGAUUGGUUCCUGCACCAAUUCGUCAUACGAAGAUAUGGGUCGUUGUGCCAGCAUUGCCAAGAAUGCCAUGAAACAUGGUUUGAAAUCGAAGAUUCCAUUCAAUGUCACCCCCGGUUCUGAACAAAUUCGUGCCACCAUUGAACGUGAUGGUAUCUCCAAGGUGUUUGAUGAAUUCGGUGGUACCGUUUUGGCUAAUGCCUGCGGUCCAUGCAUUGGUCAGUGGGAUCGUAAGGAUAUCAAGAAGGGUGACAAGAACACCAUUGUGACAUCUUACAAUCGUAACUUCACCGGUCGUAAUGAUGCCAAUCCCGCCACUCAUGCCUUUGUUACUAGCCCUGAAUUGGUAACAGCCCUUUCCAUUGCUGGUCGCUUGGACUUCAACCCCCUUACCGAUGAAUUGACCGGUGCCGAUGGCAAGAAAUUCAAAUUGGACGCUCCCUUCGGUGAUGAGUUGCCUUCCAAGGGCUUCGAUCCUGGUAUGGAUACCUAUGAUGCUCCUCCAGCUAGCGGCGAAAAUGUCAAGGUUGCUGUCGAUCCCAAGAGUCAACGUUUGCAACUUUUGGAACCCUUCGACAAAUGGGACGGCAAGGAUCUCACCGAUUUGACUGUCCUCAUCAAGGUCAAGGGCAAGUGUACCACCGAUCACAUCUCCGCCGCCGGUCCCUGGUUGAAAUACCGUGGUCACUUGGACAACAUCUCCAACAACAUGUUCAUCGGUGCCACCAACUACGAGAACAAUGAAAUGAACAACAUCCGCAAUCAACGUACCGGCAAAUUCGGCACCGUUCCCGAAGUUGCCCGCGACUACAAGGCCAAUGGCAUUAAAUGGGUGGCCGUCGGUGACGAUAACUACGGUGAGGGCUCAUCUCGCGAACAUGCCGCCCUGGAACCCCGUCACUUGGGUGGCCGUGCCAUCAUUGUCAAGUCCUUUGCCCGUAUCCACGAAACCAAUUUGAAGAAACAAGGUCUAUUGCCCUUGACCUUCGCCAAUCCCGCUGAUUACGAUAAGGUUGAACCCACCAGCAAAAUCUCCUUGCUUGGCUUGGCCAACUUGGCUCCUGGUAAACAAGUCGACUGUGAAAUCAAGAACGGCGACAAGGUCCACAAGAUCAAGUUGAACCACACUCUGAACGAACAACAAAUCGAAUGGUUCAAGGCCGGUAGUGCCCUCAACCGCAUGAAGGAAAUCUCUGGCAACUAAGUUGUAUUUUUCCAU